AGCGUGAGUUCUCGCGAGAACUGCGUGUUGUUGUUGGAACAGAUAGCGCAGCUAGCACACAGCCGAGCUAUCUAAAUUUCUGCAGUCUGUCUUAACUGUUGGACUGCAAUGGCUGCUCUCGGAGCCCUAGACGAGGCAGAGAGGCCACGGCAUCGUCCCUUCCUAAUAGGGGUCAGUGGAGGAACCGCCAGUGGCAAGUCAACAGUCUGCGCCAAAAUCAUGGAGCUUCUGGGACAGAACAAGGUGGACCACCGCCAGAGGAAGGUGGCCAUUAUAAGCCAGGACAGCUUCUACAAAGUCCUGACUCCAGAACAAAAAGCGAAAGCACUGAAGGGCCAGUACAACUUUGAUCACCCAGAGGCUUUUGACAACGAGUUAAUGUAUCAAACCUUGAAGGACAUUGUGGAGGGACGGGUAGUUGAAGUGCCAACCUAUGACUUUGUCACUCAUUCCAGGUUGGAAGACAGGAUCACAGUUUACCCAGCAGAUGUGGUCCUCUUUGAGGGGAUCCUGGUCUUCUACCCGCAGAAAGUGCGGGACAUGUUCCACAUGAAGCUCUUCGUGGACACAGAUUCAGACGUGAGGCUGUCGCGCAGAGUUCUGCGAGACAUGAGCAGAGGGAGAGACCUGGAGCAGAUCCUCACUCAGUACACAACAUUUGUCAAACCUGCUUUUGAAGAGUUCUGUUUGCCUACAAAGAAGUAUGUAGAUGUCAUCAUUCCACGGGGAGUUGACAAUAUGGUGGCCAUCAACCUCAUCGUACAGCACAUCCAAGACAUACUCAACGGUGACAUCUGCAAAUGGCAGCGCAGCCCCAUUAACGGUCGGACCUUAAAACGGGCCAUUUCCGAGCAGAAUGACCUGCAGAACGGAGUCGCUAAUCCUUCGGGAAAGAGGGUCCUGCUGGAGCCCAGUUGUCGACCUCACUGAGACUGUACUGGUGGACAGAUGGGUCCAGACUGUAUGAUAUGAGCCGAGUUUGGAUUAUUACUACUGAUUUGUGCUGGAGGGGUCAGCAAUGCCAAUCUCACCCUCUGCAGCAAAAAAAAAAAACAAAAAAAAUCACCGACAAUCCCACAGUGCAAACAUUCAAUGCUGCAACCUCAUCUUUUCACAGUAAAUACUGGCGCUUAAGCAGUACAAACAGUACAAAUAGAUUAGGCUUUUCACAUGUGACAGUCUUCCAUAACACGGUUUAAUUUUUCAGUCCUGACUGUAGAUAUAUGACCUGUUACUGAAGGAUAGUACAGCUGAGUGUAAGAGGAGUUAUUUAAAAGGUUAAUUUCAGUCUUUUGCACUUUGUCCUUGUAUUUAUGCCUGCUUCUUUGCUGCUUUUAUUGGGAUUAUUAUAUUUAUAGUAAUACUCAACUGUUGUCUUGUUGCUUUCCCUGUUGGUUUUAACUUAUUUAACUCAAAUUCGGCCAGAUGGCUCUGUGGUUUAGCACUCCUAAGUUGAUACUGAAUGCUUCCCGUUUCAGUAUUUACAGCUGAAUACAUGCCUUAAUUUUUUUUAAGUUAAUUUUCCACUUACCAUUCUGUACAACAAUAAAUGGAAAUUCUAUUCUAAAA